UGUGCAUGUCCACUUUAUUACACACUGUUUUAAGAAUUGAACCUUUUUUCCUAUGAAAAUCUAACGUCUUCCUCAAGAAUGUUGUUCAAAGCCACAUCAUUUGCAUAUGCAACCUACACAAACACUUCCUUCUCUCGCUUAUACAGGGAAGCAUUUAAAGAGUGAAACUGUCAGUGAUGUGAGACACUGCUUUUCAGCAGCUCGGCUGGACUGUGAUCUCACCAUGUUUAUCCACUGUGAGCUGCUCAUACUGAUACUUGUGCUGAUGAAUGAUGGACAAGUUCAAACAGGAGAAAUCAUAGGAGGUGGUGAGGCUGCACCACACAGCAGGCCGUACAUGGUGCUUUUGGAGCGCUAUCUGCAGAACAACAAAAAAGCACACUGUGGUGGCUUCCUGCUGAAUGAGGAUAUAGUGAUGACUGCUGCCCACUGCCAGGCCAGAGCCUACAUAGUCUUUCUCGGAGUUCAUGAUUUCCAGAAGACUAAUGAAGUACAGCGUAUAUCUGUGGAACAAUCUUUUCCACACAAAGACUACAACGCAUCAAAUUACAAAAAUGACAUAAUGCUUCUUAAGUUGAGCUCCAAGGCAAAGUACAGCAACAAUGUGAGGCCUAUUGCUCUCGCAAACCAAGAUGAUGGCUCUCUGCCGAAAUCAUGUAGCACCUCCGGCUGGGGAAGAACAGGCAAGAACUCAACAUAUAUGUCUAACGUACUCAUGGAAGUCAAUGUGACACUUACUGACAGUGAGCCGUGUGAUGGGAACAACUUCUACUGCUCUGAGGGAGACAGUGGGCCUGGUAGGGGAGACUCCGGUGGUCCACUGGUCUGUGGUGGAAUGGCAUACGGCGUGGUGUCCUACAAUUUCAAACCACACUCAGGUGGCCGGGAGAUUAAUUAUUACGCCAAGAUUCCUGACAACAGACGUUUGAUUAAUUCAACCAUGAUAAAUGCAUAAAAAGCUCUGAUACAUGUGACACUUUUAAAUUUACUGUUUGUCACAAUUUUUUUCCAAAGCAGUGACAAUGUCCAAAAUCUGAAUUUGCUUGCUUUACAUAGACGUAAUGAAAAUGUGCUUUACUUGGAUGUUUCCAAAUGAUACAAAUUACAUGUUUGUUUCACGAGUAAUCAUGGCACACAAAUCAAGUAAAGCUUGAAAUUUAAAAAAAUAAGUGUAACUUCAAUGCUGUUUAAUAGAUUCAUAAUCUAUUGAUAUGAGAUACUGUAUGUCAUAGUGCUCUAAGAUACAUUACUGCAUUUAUUUUUGACUUGAUGAAAUGAGAACACAGGAUCCUUUAAGUUUUGUACCAUAUUGUUCAUCAAUAAACUGUU